UAAAUAAAUAGACAUCUAACCAACUCAAAUGCUCAGGUUUCAUAGUUCUUUGUUUUAGUAGGGACAUUAUUUGUACCAACACAACGGGGUGACGCUUUCUCGAACUAAGCUAAGCUCCUCAUGCUCACGUGGAUUUUCGGGAUUUUGUUCUGGCGACUAUGAGUGAGGAGUUAAAUGAGGUGAGGUCGGCCCUGUUAAAGGUGGCCGAUCGACUUUCGGCAUUGCAAAGAGGAGGUGUUCCACAAGAUGGUGCACAAGCCUCUACAACUGUAUCUACAAGUAUAUCUACCCGUGCUUCUUCUACAAGUUCAUCUUCAGUUCCAAACUCCGCUGUGGUAGAACAACGAAGGUUGUUUGGAUAUGCUUCCAAAAAACAGUAUACUAACAAAAAUGGAAAAGGAAAAGGAAAAGGCAAAAAUGAGUCCACAUGCACCCUUAAAUUCGUGUGCCUUGCCUCCAAGACUGCCUCAAGUCCUCCUUCUUCCAUUAAGGMCAGGACCCACCUCUCCAACAUGGGGCUAGGAGAUGGCUCAAUAACUUUUGGUGCACAUGAACAUGUGUAUCAGAAUAUUCUCUUAAAAUACCCUGCAUUGAGCAUGGCAGGGGGAUUUGAACUAUAUCUUUUUCAGAGAGGAGGAGGUGAAGAUGGGGGUUUUCAUGUAAUCAACCCACCCCAUAUAUCAACUAGAAUCAAACAACUGGCAGGUCAAGCAAAGAUAUACAUAAGACCUCUGCAAAGGGAUAUUGAGCAACAUCAAACAUUGCAGACAGAAUCACAGCUGGAUCAGACUGAAGAAUCUGAAGCUGCCAUCCCAGUUGUUGAUUGUUUUGUAUGUGGAAAAGCAAUUCGCAUGAAUGAAAUGUCAGCUCAUCAAGAAACCCAUGAGUUUCCAGCAAUCAACACACCACCAGAAAAGAAGCAGAAGACAUUAGAUUCCAUUGCAGUACCUACUAAUAAGAGAAUUAUUCCACAAUCUGGCAUUGAACCAGCACCAGUACCCAGUACCAGUGGCCUCCAAGAUACAAUCAUGAUUAAGGAGAUAUGCCCAGAUGCCACUGAUAUUGAAAUUCAAGGGGCUUUGGAUGAUUCUAAUGGCAAUACAAAUGAAGCAGUUGGAAGAUUGUUAGGAAUAUACAGUAUGCCAUCUACAUGUAUAACAAUAGAUGAUGAUUCUGUUGGUGAUAACCAUGCCAGUGAAAGUGACAGUGAGUUGAUGAAACCUGCUUUUGAAAACCACAGUACUGAUGAAUCCCCUGAGACUGCACUACRAUUGUUACAGUCCCAUGUAAUCGAGAAUGCCCCAUCCAAACAAAUAAUCACAGUAUGCAGAGUAGAUGGGGUCACUGAACUAAGAAAAGAAAUAAUGGGAAUCUAUAAAAAUCCCAGAACAAAUUUGAAACUUAUGCCAAGAAUCCGAUUUGAGGAGGAAGAAGGAGUGGGAAGUGGCCCUAUUCGAGAGUUUUUCACAGAAACCAUGAGAGCCUUAGAUGAAGGGAUUCCCUCAAGUUCCGGAAAACCGCUGAUGUUUAUAGAGGGAGAGAGUGAGCAUYGCGUUCCCACACAUGAUCACUCCCUCAGAUUGACAGGGGCUUAUAAAGCCAUGGGCAGGAUGAUAGGCCAUUCCAUUCUCCAUGGUGGUCCAGGACUGCAUGGGAUUUCUCCAGGAAUAAAGUUUUAUCUGUCAAAUGAUAAAAACAGUGACACUCCACCACCUCUGACAGUAGAGGAUAUUCCAGACUGGGAAUUGAG